UACCUCUAUCGUAGAUAAAAUCAAGUAAAAAUCAAAUUGCUCGGCCUUUUGUUGUAUUGCAGGCAGUAAUCAGUGRCGUGCUUCRGGACGACUGACAGAACAAAAUACUAUAAGUUAUAUAAGUGCGGUCAAUGUAGGCAAUUCUAUCACCUAAAACUGUGUGGUAACCACAGCGCGCGAGGACGACAUCACCGUUAUAUCAUAUUAUCACUUCAUCGUAUGAAAACAAAAUAAUAAUUUCCGGUAUACUGCUACUGUUGCUACUGCGGUAACGGUAAGUCAUCAUAACAUAUCGUAUUUAUAUCGUAAUACCGCGGUAACUGCGAUGGCGGUGGAGACCCGUAGUGCGGAUGCGACGACGACGUCCGUGGUGAUCGCGCUGGCGAUGGUGUUGUUGCUGCUGGUGGUCGUGCAAGCUCCCGGCGCCAGGGCCGUCACAGACGACAUGCUGAAGAUUGCGUGCUCGGACAUGACGCCCAGGCACCCGGGUUACCGGCCGGAAAACACGCAAGGCUUGCCGUGUCCGUACCGGCUGAUAGUGGAUCCGUCCACGCCCGUGGUGCCCGGCAACCUGGUGAACAUCACGCUCACGUCCUUCGGCAUUACCAUGCCAUUCAAGGGGUUCAUGGUCCAAGCUCGGGACAGCGACGGCCGAGCGAUCGGCACGUUUCUGCCGGAAUGCAAGAAUGCGACGCAACAUCACAUGAUCAGCUGUUCCAACGGCGACGAACCAUACAAUGCAGUGGUUCAGUCAAAUAAUAAAUAUAAAAUAACAGAUACUUUUACGUGGAUAGCUCCAUUGUCACUUAAAGGAUCUAUUCGAUUUAAGUAA